AUGAAGCGAAAAUCAUCGUACCAAGAGGAUGCUCAAGAUAAGUCUCCAGAAAAUAAGAGAGCACAUCAUUCUCACCGCAGAAAUCGGGAAGUAAGCACAGUUAUUGUCAAAUACUUGCCCUUGAAUUACAAUUUUUUCAAAGUACGAAAGCUAUUUUCUGGCUGUGGAGAUGUCGAACAUAUCGAAGUGGUAAAAUCGCCAGACGAAAACUCGAAAAUCGCUAGAAUCGAGUUCAAAAGCCACGACGAUGUUUUGAGUGCUCUCACCAAGUCUCACAAGCAGAUAGGUGGUAAUGAAAUUGUUGUGGAAAAACUGCAAAAUUCGACCAUAUGGGUCACGAAUUUUCCGCCAAACUUCGAAGCCAGUUCUCUUCGUCAACUAUUCAAGGAAGCAGGAGGAACAGUGCUGAGUGUGCGCUUACCAUCUCUCAGAUUCGACGCUCAUAGACGGUUUGCGUAUGUAGAUUUAGUAUCUGCGGACGAAGCUCGCAGUGUCAUAGAAAAACUGAAUGGCGCACUUCUGGGCUCCUAUAAGCUUGUGGUAAAGUUGUCUGAACCCUCAGCAGCAGAGAAACGUUCCGAUUCCACGAUAUUGGAGCGGAGACAGGUCACUGUGAAAAAUCUUGAUCACUUCAAAGUAACUCAAGAAAAACUCACACAGGAAUUCUCUCGCUUCGGGGAAAUCGAGAAAGUGAGCUUUCCAACACCCAGGGUUCUCGAAAAUGGUAACGAAGGGUCGCAAAAGCUUAAUAGAGGCUUCGCGUUCAUUGAUUUCGUUCUCCCAGAGUGUGCAGAGGCAGCUCUCGAGCUCGACAAUAGUAAACUUGAGGGCAGAGACAUGAAUGUGAUUCUUUCGGAUCGCAGGGCGUACCUUGACAGACAAACAGUGAAGCAACUUCUCGCCCAAAGAUCGCAUACAGACCAUGUUGUAAGCAUUUAUCCUCUAGAUGACAAAACGCCCACUUUCCAGCUGCAGAACUUUAUACUUGAGCGGGCCCAAGUUUCAGACGAGGAUAUUAAAGCUAUUUAUUUGGUUGCAGAUCAUGAAGGAGCUCUUGUAUUGGCUAAGGACUCUAAAAUUGCCGCUAAAAUCGCACUAGCAAUCAACGGCUCACAGUUCAGAAAGAGGGUUAUCCUAUGCGGUGACAUCAAAGACCUGAAGCAUCACACUGCUACCAAUGAUCAACAAAAACAAGUUCAAGCAAGAAAGUCUACGGAUGCAAAACCUUCGCCGGAUAAUUAUUCUAAUAGCCCUCAUUCAAGUGGUCAAAUGACAAACGAAGACUUUCGGCGGAUGUUUCUGGCAAAAUAG